AUGCAUCAUCGUGUGUUUUUAUUUGUCCCUCGUACUUUAAACAAAACAACAUUUCGUUCAAUACAAACUAUAACUGAUGUUCGAAAAACUUUACAAAAUCUUGUUGGUGCUCAAUUAGUUUUUGGUCAUGGAAAUCAAAGUGGUAGUCAUGCUGGAUUAACUGAUAAUAUAACAGUCAAUUCUACAUUAAGUCCACGUACAAUAGCUGAAAGUUAUGAUGAAGCUAUUAUUCCAUUCGCAACAAAUAUAAAAUUACGUGAACGAUAUGUUAAUUUUGAUAAUAAAGUACGAUUUGGAAGAAUACUUGAAGAUUUGGAUACAAUGGCUGUUCAUAUUGCAUAUAAACAUAAUGCUCCACAAAUAAUUCAAUCAAUUAAUGUACAUCCAUUAGCAAUUGUUACUGCAGCUGUUGAUCGUAUAGAAGUUGCAGUACCUCAUAUGGAUAUUGAUCGAGAUGUUCGUUUAAGUGGUUUUACUUCAUUUGUUGGUAAAUCUUCUAUGGAAGUUAUUUUAACAAUUGAUCAAGAUAAUAAUGGUACUUGGGAACAUGUACUUCGUGCAUAUUUUGUUCUUGCUGCACGAGAUCCAAGAACAAAAAAAUCGGCAAAAAUGAAUCCAUUAAUCGGAUCAACUGAAGAAGAUAAAGAAAUUAUCAGGAAAGGAGAAUUAAAUCGUCAACGUCGAUUAACUGAACAAGAUAAAUCUUUAUUUAAAACACCUCCUGAUACAUCAGAAAGUUCAAUUAUUCAUGAUUUAUUUAUUAAAACAGUUACACCAAAUACAUCAAUAUUUCGAAGUCGACUUUUAAAUCAAGACUCAAUGUGGAUGUCAGAAACUACUCUAAAAACUAUGCAUAUUGGUCAUCCAGAACAAAGAAAUUUAUAUAAUAAAAUCUUCGGUGGAUAUUUAAUGAGAAAAUCAUUUGAUUUAGCUUGGACAACAGCUAGCUUAUUUGCAAAACAAAAAUUAAGUACACUUGCUGUUGAUGAUAUUAUGUUUCAACGUCCAGUCGAAAUCGGUUCAUUAUUAUUUCUAUCAUCAAUGGUUGUUUAUGUCGAAGGAAAUAAAAUUCAAACACGUAUACAUGCUGAAGUUGUUGAUAUUCAUACAGCAAAACGUGAAACAACAAAUGUGUUUUAUUUUAUCUUUAAAACAAAAGAUAAUUCACAAAUAACAAAAAAUGUUGUACCACAAACUUAUGCCGAAGCCAUGAUGUAUCUGGAUGGUAAACGACAUCUCGAUUAG